AACCAUUAUUGCUCAGUUUUUCAUUGAAAACCCUCGCUGAAUUGGAGCAAAAAUUAAGAAAAAAAUAAUCAUGAAGCAUUAUAUUGCAUUAGCUUUGAUCGCAUUGGCUUUCACACCAUCGAUGGGACAAGAAAUCGAUUGCAGCGAAGAAUUUUUCAGAGUUUCUCGCCGAGAAGGAAGCUGUGUCGAUUUCUUCAUUUGCAUGAUUGGACAACGAAUUGACUUUAGCUGCGAUCCAGGAGAUAUAUUCGACGUUGACAGAAUUGCAUGCCGUCCGGGAGACGCAGAAACAUGCGAAUUUAUCAUUCCCCAGAUUCCAGAUGACGCUUGUGAUAAUAACUUCAACACCAUUCAUCGCCAUCCCGACCCCGAUAAUUGUGUGGAUUUCUUUGUUUGUUUGAACUUUAACAUGAUUCAAUUCAGAUGCCCCAUGUUCUACAUUUUUGAUGCCACAAUUAAUCGUUGUAUUGCUGGAGAUCCGGUCACCUGCAGAGAAACUGAACUUACACCUUACGAAGCUUUCAUUAAGAAUUUCGGUCAUAAAGUCCGCUCCCGCUUAAGUAACGUCUAAAUUAAUAAAUCGAAAUAUUUCAUCAUUAA